UCCCUCCCUGAGCCGGCAGAAAAGAGUGAAACCUGCCACCGAGGUGAGAGCGCAGAUGUCAUGAGAAAAAGCCCCGGCCGAGUCCGACCAGAGCGCGAUCACCGACACGUCGAGACACCUCAGCCCGCCUCCAUGCGCCUCGCUCCGGGAUGCUUUUAGCGCACACGCCGGCUACAACCAGGGCAGCAGGCGGACGUCGACGCAGACCACCGCCACCUUUCUAGUUGUCAGUGUUGUUGUUUUUUUUUUUUAAACCUUGGAUCUUGUCCGACUAUUAUUUUGUAGCGUUUAUGUUUGUAUCUUCAUGACUGCUGCGUUGGGAAGAGAGCCGCCACAGCAACACCAUGCGAGCCCAAAUCGAAGUUAUACCAUGCAAAAUCUGUGGAGACAAAUCAUCAGGAAUCCACUAUGGAGUUAUCACAUGUGAAGGAUGUAAGGGAUUCUUUAGAAGGAGUCAGCAGAACAAUGCGGCCUACUCCUGUCCCCGACAGAGGAACUGCCUCAUCGACAGAACAAACCGCAACCGAUGCCAACACUGCCGCCUGCAGAAAUGUCUUGCCCUAGGAAUGUCCAGAGAUGCCGUUAAGUUUGGCCGCAUGUCCAAGAAACAACGCGACAGUCUGUAUGCAGAGGUCCAGAAGCACCAAGCCAGACUGCAGGAGCAACGGCAGCAACAGACAGGGGAAGCAGAAGCUUUGGCACGUGUUUACUCAACUAGCCUAACCAACGGACUGUCGACCCUCAACCACGAGAUUGGGGGCACCUAUGCCAACGGCCAUGUCAUUGAGCUGCCCAAAGGUGGCCAUGUCAAUGGAGGUGGACUUCCAGGGGGAUAUUAUGGGAUGGAUUCUACCCAGCCGUCUCCGGACCAGUCAGGUUUGGACAUGUCAGGCAUGAAGCACAUUAAACAGGAGCCAGUCUAUGACCUGACGCCAGUACCCAACCUGUUCAGCUACGGAGGCUAUCAGGACAGUCAGCUGGGGCACAACAAUGUCAGCAUGGGGGAACUAGACCGCAUUGCUCAGAAUAUCAUCAAGUCUCAUCUGGAGACGUGUCAGUACACCACAGAGGAGCUGCAGCAGCUGGCCUGGCAGACACACUCCUAUGAGGAAGUCAAAAUUUAUCAGAGCAAGCCUCGGGACGUGUUAUGGCAGCAGUGUGCCAUUCAGAUCACACACGCCAUCCAGUAUGUGGUGGAGUUCGCCAAGCGCAUCUCAGGGUUUAUGGAGCUGUGUCAAAAUGACCAGAUCCUCCUGCUCAAAUCAGGUUGCUUAGAGGUUGUUUUGGUGAGGAUGUGCCGGGCCUUCAACCCUCUCAACAACACCGUGCUCUUUGAGGGGAAGUAUGGAGGCAUGCAGAUGUUCAAAGCUCUAGGUUGUGAUGACUUAGUGAGUGCGGUGUUUGACUUUGCCAAGAGUUUGUGUGCACUGCAACUAACGGAGGAGGAGAUCGCUCUCUUCUCGGCAGCUGUCCUCAUUUCCACAGAUCGCCCGUGGCUAAUGGAGCCUCGCAAAGUUCAAAAGCUCCAGGAGAAGAUCUACUUUGCCCUGCAGCACAUCAUGCAGAAGAACCACAUGGACGAAGAUGCAUUGGCUAAGCUCAUCAGUCGUAUCCCAACUUUGUCGGCUUUGUGUACGCUCCACACUGAGGAGCUCCAAACCUUCCAGCAGCUUCAUCCAGAAACAGUCAACGUACUCUUCCCUCCGCUCUAUAAAGAACUCUUCAACCCUGACCCAAACUCUGCCAUGGCCAUGCCCAAGUGACUACAACAAUCAACAUCAGUGGAGGACGAACAACACAAAAGUGAUCGUCAAAUUCCACACAUCUCCCCGUCCCAUUUAAGAUCGUGGAGUAAAGGGUCACCUGCUAGAAACUUACAGUUACCGCCAACAAUACUAGGAAUGUCCAGCACUUAUCCCAUCCUGUUCACCGAUACAGUCUGAAGAAUGUAUAUAUAAAAGAAAAACGCCCAAGCCACAACCUUAGCAGGAGCAUCCUGACCUGAACUGACUGACCAGAAAUGUACAGACUUUAAAAAUCUAGGAACAUUUUAUGCUUUUAUUCGUAAAAUAUGGGUAAGUUAAAUUUAUUUUGAAUUUGAAAAAAAAAACUCUUUGUUGGUUUUUUUAGGGAUGAAUAAAUUGUCCAAAAGAAACGCUGGAUGGGGAAGAGGGGGUGAAAUUAGAGAAGCUAUUGUAGAUAUUCUUCUUGAACAGAGCGGAUUCCAGUAUUACUUCUGUUAAAAUAAGUUAGUCCUAAUUUAAAUAUAAAACAGUCCAUCGUGGCUGAUUAUUCCUUGUCGAUGUGUUUUUCUUUGAACAGAUAGUUUCUUGUGUACAGAAUUUGUAAAGUUGAGACUUGUAAAGGAAUACUGGGAGUCAAUCUGGGUUUGCGGAUAUAUAGAAGCCUUGUCUGGAUUCUGUUAAUAUGUAAAGAAGGAACAGCAUCCUUCUGUUGCAAACUUCUAGAGAUGUAAAGAGAACAUAUGAAGGAGUUUUUUAAAUAACUGCUACUUUUCAAGGUGAAGAUGUAUACAAUGAUAUUAUAUUUUGAAAGAAAAAAAAAAUGAUCCAGCAGUUUUGCUGUUCUAUCACAUUUUUUUUGUUGCUGCAAUAUCUAGGUCCAAAAAAUGUGGACUGCUUCGAAACAAUCAAGCAGAAAGAACCAAUCAGAAGCUACAACUUCAAAAUAAACCUGAUCUCCAACCAUUCCCAACAUAUUCCUUAUGUAAAAGGACACUGACUUUUAGAGUGGUUGCAAUUUUCACUUAACACACAAGAAUUUAACUUUUAACAUUCCAAUCUUCAAAGACCUGUAUUAUUUCUGUGCCCUCAUCCCUGCCAUCACUUUUUGCACAAUCUAGUCCCUGGAUGUCCUGGACCACCCCAGGCUUUGAAUAUGAAGGAACCCACAGAGCAAUAACUUUUUACACUGCCUUUCUGAUCUCUUUUUCCUUUUUUAUGUUUAGAACAGGGUAGCGAUUUGAAAAAAAAAAUGCACUAUAUUUGAUUCCUGUCUAUAUAUAUGGUACAAAAUUCCACCACUGACUGUAAACACAGUUACACAGAGCACUGGUUGCCAGGUUUGAACAAAACAUGUGACAAUUCCUCUCGAAAAAUGUGAUAAGACAAUCACUUGUGUUGCUUCUUUGUUAGCUGUUACACAUUUAAUAGCACUUAAAAAUGUCCUUGUUUUGAAUUGAUCCGCCUUACUUUUAUGUAAACUACAAUUUGGUCACUGUGUAACAUCAACCUACUUAAAUUAAACAUUAUAUUCUAUCAGGUAGGACACUAAAGACUUAGCUUUGCGCACUUCUGCAUUCUGCCACUGGGUGCUCCGUAUGCAUUAUUUUUUCUAUCGGGUCAUCCUAUUGAGGUAGCAUAUCACCUUAAAUGACCACAUUACUAAAAAACUAUCCAUUAUUAGUUGUAUUGGCACUAUUUUGGCACAGCACUUAAUUGAAUCAUACUGUAUGUGCACUGGAAGUGGGCAUAUGUUCCUUACACAGUGGCCAAAUGUUAGCCCUGCGUAGUUAUUUGUCAAAAUAUUGCUCGCCGUUCAAAUCAGAUUUAAGUAACAUUUGUCACCCAAGAUUAGUGGCUAGUGACUCUGCAAGACAAUCACUCAUUAAGGCUUGAUGCACUGCCUAGCAUCUCUCAGGGAGCAGCUCUUUUUCUGACUUUGCAUCAGAAAAGGGUUUCAUAUUUUUGCAAAAUUUACAAAAAAAUUAAUUUAAUGGACUUUUUGCGAUAAAACGCAGCAUAGGCUGGUAAUGGAAUCUGCCCAGACAAGGCUUUGAUCAGUGUGUGUAUGUUGUAUACAGAGCAUGAAUUCACUGUCCAAAGGUUGUUAGUACCCAGACUAUAAUAAUAAGCAUUACUAGAGAUAUAUUUGCUCGACAUCGUCCGUGUACACUUACGUUUAUUGCUUAUUUUGCUGCUUUUGGGACCGUGUGUGACGUUCUUUAGCAAACUGUGAAUCGAGCACCGCCGUAACACCGUUGGACAGUGAAUUCAAACUCUGGCGAUUAAGUUUUGGUGUAUGUUUUCCUUUUCCCUUGUUAGACUGUGAAUCAGAGGGGUGGGAUGGGGUUGUGAGAGAGGAUGUGCUGGCAAGAAAAAGUGGUAACGCAACACUGUAAGUAAGAUACUGUAGCAAUAAGAACUGGAGGCAUUUACUACUGUCAUGUUUGCAUUGUAAGAUUAUUUUUUAUUUUAUUACUAUUUACUAUUAUUAUUGUUCUUAUUAUGUCUACUAUUCUUCUAUUACUACUAGCCUAUUGUUGUUCUGUUCUAUUUGCAUGACGUUUUAUUGCAAUGAAACAUUUGGGGCAUAUUUGUGUUUUCUCUUCUCAUGAUAUUGCGGGGUCCUGGGAGGGAUUAUUGGCAGGGUGGGUUUAGGACCGGAGUCAUUUUCGAACAAUCUGAAGGACUUUUACAUAAAAUGUUUUUAUUUAUACACAAUUUAAAAAGAUACUGUUCAUAUGGAUAAAACAUGCAUAAUUUUUUUCUUUAUACCUUCGAAUGUGUGAGUUACUAUCACCAGUCAAUGAACGGCCGUUUCUGUGCUGGCCUUAUUGAACCGGAUCAGAGACCCUUACCCUGCAGAGGGAGGGAAUGAUGUGGGAAGGGUAAACUUUCUGAAUGUUAUGGAGUACAAUUCAGCGUUGAGACUGAACGCAAUACGCCUUUACCACUCCAUCAACACAGACAGAUACAUUCUUUUAAAAAUCCAUUUUCUACACACUUUGUCAAACACACUCCAGCUAUAAACUCUAGGACCUUUUUUGAAAAGAACUUGAGUGAGUGUGUGUGAGAGAGACAAGAGAUACUGUGAGACUGAGAUGAUAUUUUCUCUACCAAUGCUUUGUAAGCUUUCUCCAUGCAUUACAAACGCGUGCAAUUGAAGUAGUGUUGAAAAUUGUUAAUUUAUUAUUUAGAAUGUCUUGGCGUCCAAGCAAGAGCGAAUAAAACAAAAUGUAGCACUGUAACCAAUACUUCAAAAAGGUCAUUGGGCUUACAGAACCUCUUUUACACAGGACUAACAAAAAAAUAAAAAAUAAAAAAAUAUAUUUCUGUUGUUUUUAAAGUGCCAUAGCUAAUGAGAGGAGGAAUGAUUGGAAAAAAAGGACUGUAUAGAUGUUUUACUGCCCGAGUUUACUUGAGAAGCAAUCAUUACGAGGGGAAACUUCAAGGAAAAUGUGCAUUUAAUUAACAGUUUUUACAUUUUAUGCUUUUUUCAUCUGGUCAUGGAGGACUCUACAGGACUCUGAGCUCUGACUCUAUCAAUCCAAGAACUCCUCAGUGCAGUUUCAUUUUCACAUCAGAAUGAUAGUAAAUGUGUGCGCGCCUGUGUGUGUGCAUGUAUAAAUUUGCAUUUAAUUGAGUCGCAGACACCCACAUGUUAAGGAUUAGAAUGGGGUGAAGUUCAGAGCUAUGCAGGGCCCUUCACGGAGUCCUCCUUUGAUAUGUGUACAUAUAAUGAGAAGGUCUGAAGUGAUUUUUUUUGGUUAAAUUCUAUAUUUUAUCGCUUUUGUAGACAUUUUGUUGUGGGAAGAAAAAAUACAAUAAAUUUUAUGGAUGCA